CCAUUUCCUUUCUCUCCCUCUCAACGAAGCAUCAAACCCCCCCCUUUCCCAGAACCGCGUCUCAUCCUGCCAUAAAAAAAAUCCAAAAAAUCAACCAAAUCUACCGUCAAAAUGGGUCACGAAGAUGCUGUUUAUCUGGCCAAGCUCGCCGAGCAGGCCGAGCGAUAUGAGGAGAUGGUUGAGAACAUGAAGAUCGUUGCCUCCGAGGACCGCGACCUGACCGUCGAGGAGCGCAACCUCCUCUCCGUCGCCUACAAGAACGUCAUUGGCGCCCGCCGUGCCUCCUGGAGAAUAGUCACCUCUAUUGAGCAGAAGGAGGAGUCUAAGGGCAAUUCUUCCCAGGUCACCCUUAUCAAGGAGUACCGCCAGAAGAUUGAGAACGAGCUUGCCAAGAUCUGCGACGAUAUCCUCGAGGUCCUUGACCAGCACCUGAUUCCUUCUGCCAAGUCCGGAGAGUCCAAGGUCUUCUACCACAAGAUGAAGGGUGACUACCACCGUUACCUUGCCGAGUUCGCCAUUGGUGACCGCCGCAAGGACUCCGCCGACAAGUCUCUCGAGGCUUACAAGGCUGCUACCGAGGUUGCCCAGACUGAGCUGCCUCCUACCCACCCUAUCCGCCUGGGCCUUGCGCUGAACUUCUCCGUCUUCUACUACGAGAUCCUCAACGCCCCUGACCAGGCUUGCCACCUCGCCAAGCAGGCAUUUGACGAUGCUAUUGCUGAGCUCGACACUCUUAGCGAGGAGAGCUAUAAGGAUUCUACCCUCAUCAUGCAGCUGCUCCGCGACAACCUGACCCUCUGGACCUCUUCUGAGGCCGAGAACACUUCUGGCCAGGCCGAUGCCCCCGCCAAGGAGGAGACCCCCGCUGAGGGUGCUCCCGCUGAGGAGCCCAAGGCUGAGUAAACUCAGUUAGGGGAGCGCGGGAUGAAUCUCUAGGCUUUGGUCGCUUUGGUAUCGGAUGGGCUGGUGUCUACGGAGUGGAUGGAAGACUUCGUUUUUGAUCAAGAGCUUCGGCAUCGUUUAGGUAAACACGCAACUUUCGGGGAGAGAACCGGUUUGGUUCCCCCUCAACGGACUGGCAGGGAGGAUUGAAGAAGAGCAUAUUGGAGGUUCUGCUUUUAGACUCUUGAUGCGUAGCCGUCUGGACAAAUAAAAACUACUAAAAUUGCUUUUUAAUAUUAUUUUACUUUUUACCAAGC